CAGCGCGUGUCGUACACGCCCAUUUCCUCCUCCUCCUCCUCCUCCUCCUUCAUUUCCAUAUUUUACUUCACUUCCCUUAAAGCUGCCCUAAAGCCACGCUCUAUAAAGAAAUUACAACGUGACGGAGACGGUGAAGGUGACGGCGUUAUAGGCAUUGGCAUUUUGAGCUAUAAGAAAGAAAACAAAAAUGGGUCAGGCAUUUCGUCGAGCAUCUGGAAGAAUCAGAGCGCCACCCGACCCACCUCCAAGUAGGGUCACUGAUCGGAGGCCGCCGGUGACCUCCACCGAAAAGGUGGAGAUAUCAAGUACCACCACCACCAAUCAGAACAGUCCUGGCUCUGAUGGUGCUCCAAGAAUUAAUCCCGACAAUGUCCUUGAAGAACGAGAUACACAGUAUGAUGCAAUGCUUAGUCAAAUGGUGGGUAGAAUUAAAUCGAAGCCUGGAGGGAAGCUCGAAACUGGUGAGGCACCUGUAGUUGAAAGGUACGAUAGGCCCAUGCCAAAGCUGAGAAACACGAAACCUGAUUCUGGCAGAUAUGAAGAAAGGGCUGUUGCUCCAGGAACUCUGAAUGUGGCACAACUGCGCCACAUCAUUCUCAUGUAUCAAGGCAAGGCUGAUGAUCAUGAAGGACCUAUGAACAUCCAGCAAAUCGCUGAAAAGUUUCGACUUGAAGUUGCACAAGUCCAGAGGAUCCUGCAGUUCUUAUCACUGCCUCCAGAGGAUAACAACAAACAGAAAAGCCAUCGGUGAAAGAUUGCAGGUUUACCUGCUCUGCUGCACUACUGACAGCAUAUUCUAUUGAAUAAGAGUCGGUGCCGGGAUUUCAUGUCCUUCAUUAUAGAGCAAAACAGCAAACAUAACUAUUUAUUGACCGUUCUUGUAAACAAAAUUUUGUACAAUAAUAUGUUUUGUCGAGUAUCUCUGUCAGCAAAUUUUGUUAGUAAA